AUGCUGACCUUUUGCCCCUACUGUUCGAACAUGCUAAUAAUAUCUCGAUCGGAUGAGACAGGCUCUAACGCCUUUACUUGCCCUACUUGUCCAUAUGAGUUUCCAAUCGUUGGUUUACAAAUGUUCGAAAGGAAGUAUCUACCGAGAAAGGAAAUAGACGAUGUGCUGGGAGGUGCUGGGUCUUGGGAUAAUGUUGACCAGACGACUGCGCAGUGUCCCAGGGAAGUAUGUGGUAACGAUCGUGCCUAUUUUUUCCAAUUGCAAAUUAGAUCUGCUGAUGAACCAAUGACAACUUUCUACAAGUGUACCAAAUGUUCACAUCAAUGGAGAGAGAACUAA